AGACAUAAGGGUAUAAUUAACCCCAUAGUAUAACGGUAAGGGUAUAAUUGGCCCUAAAGUAUAACGAAGGAUAUGGAUGAACUAUUUCCCAAAGUUCAGGGGUAAUUUUGGCCCUUUUCCGAUAAAUAAAUCAGUAUUACUACCAAAUAAAACGAAUUAAUUAAGAAAAUAAGAAGUAAAAUAUAUUCUACUACCAUAAAUAGCCAAAGAUACUUCCAUAAUGGAAAUAAGACUUUAACGCACGAGCUUUCAAUAAAUAAAAUAUUCUUCAUUCAUUCCUCUUUCACUUUUUUCUCUCACCAUUAUUCACUUCUGUCCUUGUUAUUCCUUGUGGUUUUGAAGCUAAGUUUUGGUGGAUUUUUUCUCGUUUUGAAUUAAGGGAUUUUGUUUGUUGUUCUUUUUUUUUUCUUCAUAUAUAUAUAUAUAUAUAUAAAAGGAUAAGAAGAUGGAAAAAUACGAGCUUGUGAAAGAUAUAGGGUCUGGUAAUUUUGGUGUUGCAAGGCUCACGAGGAACAAGGAGACCAAAGAGCUUGUGGCAAUGAAAUACAUUGAGAGAGGACAUAAGAUUGAUGAGAAUGUAGCAAGAGAGAUUAUUAAUCAUAAAUCACUUCGGCAUCCAAACAUAAUUCGCUUCAAGGAGGUGGUAUUAACUCCCACUCAUCUUUCCAUUGUUAUGGAAUAUGCAGCUGGUGGAGAACUAUUUGAGCGCAUUUGCAAUGCAGGAAGGUUCAGUGAAGAUGAGGCUAGAUACUUUUUCCAACAGCUUAUUUCAGGAGUCCACUACUGUCACAACAUGCAUUUAUGCCAUAGAGAUCUGAAGCUGGAGAAUACCCUUCUUGAUGGAAGUGCAGCUCCACGCUUGAAGAUAUGUGAUUUUGGAUACUCAAAGUCAUCCCUGUUGCAUUCAAGGUCAAAAUCAACUGUUGGGACUCCAGCUUAUAUUGCUCCAGAGGUCCUCUCCAGAAGGGAAUAUGAUGGCAAGCUGGCUGAUGUUUGGUCAUGCGGGGUGACACUUUACGUGAUGCUUGUUGGGGCAUACCCUUUUGAAGACCAGGAGGAUAACUUUAGGCAAACUAUUCAACGAAUAAUGGCGGUACAGUACAAGAUUCCGGACCAUGUUCACAUAUCGCAAGAUUGUAGGGACCUUCUGUCUCGCAUAUUUGUUGCCAAUUCAGCAAGGAGAAUCACAAUAAAAGAAAUCAAGUCCCAUCCAUGGUUUUUGAAGAAUUUGCCUAUGGAAUUGACAGAAGCAGCACAGGCAGCUUAUUAUAGAAAAGAAAACCCGGCACUUUCGCUUCAGAGUGUGGAGGAGAUCAUGAAAAUUGUGGAAGAAGCAAAGACCCCUCCUCCAGUUUCAGGUUUUGGCUGGGGAGGUUGAACCCGACUUAGCAUAACAUUCAAUUCUGAUGGUUGGCAUUUGAAUUGUUAAGUUAUCAUUAUGCCCAUCAAAAUUUGGACGACUAUUUUACCUUUCAUUUAAACACUACUCUUAUAAUAUUUUUGAACUUUGUAUAUAUUAAUGAUAAGAUACAUUAAUGGUCAUAGAUUUUAAAUACAAUGAGGAAA